AUGCAUCUCAACGUGGCGGCCUGUAAGGCUGUCAACUUCGACGAGAUGACACUGUUCAUCUCUGUGCUCCCGCGCAAGACUUACGACUGCCGGCGCAUCGCAUGUCGUAAGAUCCCAAAGGAGCGCUUGACUGUCGGCUUCAUCAUCAACGCGGAGGGAACCCCUUUGUGGCGCGCGCUUAUCAUUUCCAAGGCCAAGAAGCCGUACGACUUCUGUUCGGACUGGGAUCCCGAGCCCUACUACUAUUUGCGUUCCAACGAGAAGAGAUGGAUGAUCUUCUCGGACCCGUAUCCUCUCAACAACCCGGCUGGUGUGUUUGCCGCCCAACACCACCUAUUUUACGACCAGGGCCUCAUCGCAACGGUGAAGGCGCGAUACUGGGCUUUGUGGCUGCAGGACGUCAUGGACCGCUGGAGAGUCGCCGGUGCACAUGUGCGCCACCGUCCCGACAUGCGCGACGUGGUGUAG